AUGGGUAGUGAUCUGACUGACCUUAAAACCAUCUUGAACAGACUUGGGGAAAAGAUUGAUCACACUUCGUGCCCAGCCAGCAAUCACAUAAACAUAUGCAGGGACUACACUGGCAAUGUCCAUAACAUACUAAAGAGUACAGUUCAGGCCUUUAAGCGGCGAAAGUUUAAUCCUGAGGCCAGAUUGGAUGUCAUUUUUGUUGACAGUGAACAAAUAUCCGAAGGUUCAGUAGAUGGUGGUGGACCCACUCGGGAGUAUUUAAGAUUGCUUAUGAAAGCCAUUCAUCAGUCCAGCAUAUUUGAAGGACCAGAGACAGAUAAGACACUGGCUCUCGAUAGUCAAGCCUUAGAAGGAAAACUAUACACACAGAUAGCACGGAUGAUAUCUGUGUGUGCAAUACAUGGAGGUGUGGCACCAAAUUUCUUCUCGGAGAGGUUGUUUAAUCAGGUGUGUGAUAAACCCACUGCCCGUGCAACAUUGGAUGAAGUGAGUGAUGUCACAUUCAAAGAAAAACUACUAAAAAUUAAAGAAGCAAGAACUGUUGAAGAUGCAAAAGCUGCAAUAGAGGAGGCAGAGGACAGCCUGGCUAUUGUUGGGUCUUGCAGAAUCAUCACAACACUGAAGCAGAGGGAUGCCCUUGUGCAAUCUGCUGUCAAUUUCUUUGUUGAGGGCAGAUUAAAUGUUGCAUUGCAACAGUUUGUGGAGGGCUUCACCACACUUGGACUCCUCAAAGAGAUGAGAGCACACCCAGAUCUGUUCCAUAGCAUGUUUGUGAAGGAUGUGAGGCCUUUGAAGGCUAGCGACCUCUCAACACUUUUCCAAGUCAGCUUUUCAGCAUCAGGGACACACAAAAGAGAGCUAGAAAACCAGACCGUAUGCUACUGGCGAGACUGGCGAAUUGAUGUUGAAGAAGGAGAAUGUGCGCCACUAACUUUGGAGAAUGUGCUCGAGUUCGCAUCUGGGGCUUCCACGAUACCUCCCUGCGGUUUUUUCCCUCAGCCCACAAUUGAAGUCUUUCCAGAAGAACUUGGCAAAAUAUUUCCUGAAGCAAAUACGUGUGUCCUUGUUCUAAAAUUACCGGUUCACAAAGACUAUGAUUCUUUUAAAGCACAAAUGUGCAAUGCUGUGCUUUGGGCACCAACAUUUGGAUUAGUUUAAAAAUGUACCAGGUUCAUUGUGCACUUUAUUUAUAGCUCAUUUUAGAAGUUUUAUAGUGCACUAUUCAACAUGUUAAAAUUAAGCUUUUAAAUCAGAACUGAGUUUUGUUGAAUUUAAGCUUUUAAAUAAGUUUUGAAACAAAAACAUGUUGUUAGGGUCCUAGCACCUCAGUGCUCGGGCCCUAUUGUUUUAUUGUUAUUACAACAGACCACUCUUAUAAACAGUGGUUCUCUGAUAGCAAAGAUAAUCAAUUUAAUGUUAAAGGGAUAGUUCACCCAAAAAUGAAAAUUGUGUCACUUACUCGCCUUCAAAUAUGUAUACAUUUCUUUGUUCUGAUAAACAGGAAGGAAGAUAUUUUGUGAAAUGUUUGUAACCAAACCAUUUGUGAACCCCAUUCACUUCAAUAGUAGAAAAAAGGUUCCACAAACAUUUCUCAAAAUAUCUUCCCUUGUGUUCAUCAGAACAAAAAUGUGUACAGCUUUGUAACAACAUGAGGGUGAG